GUGAGAGACUAGUCAAGGGGGGUAAUUCAUGCCAAGUUGACAGGAAGCCAAAAUAUUUGGCAAAAAUGAAGACUAUUUAUAAAAGAAUGUUAAGUUAUAGCUGCCUCAAUGCUCUCAUGCAGCGUUUAAAUUAUUCUACCAGGAAAUUGUCAUAUAAGUGGACAGAGCUUGGAGUUGGCGAGCCAGUGAACCCAGAUACUCAGAUCUAUCCCUGUGGACAGGUGUUUAUGCACAAAGUGUUGCUGUAUCGGGGAGUUAUCAUACAGCACUGGCCGGCAUUGGUCCAUGAACGGUUGCAUACAGAGGUGGCAAAGAAGCCAAGCAAACCAGUGCCAUAUUACCAGGUUCUGGCUGAUGAAAAUGACCUGGUGCACUGUAAAGUUGAUAACCCUCGAGUGUCGUUCAUCCCACCACGGAGCCUAAGGAAGUACCUGAACAAACACAUGCCCGUUAUGGAGUAUCCGGGUAUAGACUAUGUGUCCCAUGAGGACAUCAGACCGUUAUUAUUGUCAAAGAAGAGUAAGCCAUUACAGCAUGACCUGUUGGAGACAUUCUUCAUCAGAGAUGAUAUAUCUACCUUGGACGUGGAAACAUUGUGUUUACAUGCAGUGGCCGGUCCCAGGUUUGUGCGUACUGAGGCCCUGCAGCAAUUCCAGGAUGACCUCCAGCCAUACCUGUACAUGAAGGAUGUGUACCGUCACACCACGGAGAAUGUCCGUGUCACAGUUAUCCCGUUCUACAUUGGUCAGGAUGCUCAAAUACAUUGGUGGCGUUACUGUGUGCGUAUAGAGAACCUUGGUGAGGAGAUGGUGCAGCUACGCAGUCGCCACUGGGAGAUAUUCAGUGGCUCAACGCGGGAGGUCCUCUCUGACAGGGGAGUGGUUGGCAAGGAGCCUGUGUUGACUACAACAUAUCCAGUGUUCCAGUACAUGAGCACCAUUCCCCUUGAGUCUCCAACAGGGACCAUGUGGGGUUUUUACACGAUGGAGAGAGAGAAUGGUACAACAUUUGAGUGCAAGAUCCCAACCUUCAAGCUGGAAAAGUACAGUGACAAACAUAAAACCAUAGUGUACCCUAACACUAAUGACUCCACAUCCUGAGGCAGAAGAAUCUACAUGUAGUUUCAUUUAAUUUAUUCACCAUUAAAUAUUGUACAUAUUUUGGUGUGAUAUGAGAUAUGUGAAAGAUUUGACAAAAAACAUAAAGAAAAGUGCGCUAUUAUUUCUUGUGUUGUCUGAAUGUUAUCUGAUUUAAUAAAUUGAAUAAUGAGGAA